AUCUUUUCAACACAAAACACCUCAGAGUCCAAAACAAUCCUUCCUUAUAUUUUCCUCUUUGAUCCCAUUCGAAAACUUAGAUCAUCAUGGGUGUUUACUCUUUCGACGAUGAGUUCACCGCCAAUGUUGCUCCCGCUAGAUUGUUCAAGGCCUCUGUCCUUGAUGCUGACAACCUUUUCCCAAAAAUUGCUCCCCAAGCUGCUAAAAGUGCCGAGACGGUCGAAGGAAAUGGAGGUGUUGGAACUGUCAAGAAACUCACCUUUCCCGAUGGCAAGUAUGUGAAGCAAAAGCUUGAUGCAGUUGACCUCGACAACUUGAGCUACAGCCACAGCUUGAUCGAAGGAGAUGUUUUGUCUUCUGAACUCGAGAAAAUCUCUCACGAGACCAAGUUCGUGGCAUCCCCAGAUGGAGGAACGAUCAUUAAGGUCAACACCAAGUUCUACACCAUUGGAGAUGCCCCGGUCAAUGAAGAGAAGGCUAAGGAAGGAAAAGAAAAGGCCGUCGGUCUGUUCAAGCUCGUCGAAGGCUACCUCAUCGCGAACCCCGACGCUUACAACUAAAUCAGUUGAACCAUAUGCUUGUCAAUUUUUUUUUUUUUUUCUGUAAGCUAAAGGGUGUGCCCUUCAUGUUGUUUUGUAGCCUGGACUUAAUUUCUAGGCUUGCCAAUAAGAGUGUGGAGUUGAAAUAAUACCGUUUGCAUUCAAAUGUUUGAGAAAGCAUUGUAUCUUUUACAAUAAUAAUAUGAUGAUGAUAUAUC